GUGUUCCAAGAUGGCUGCGCCCAGGUUUAACACGCGUGAACUGUACUAAAGCGCAGAUGAUGGUUUUAAUAAAGAUUUGCCGGGGCUGAUGUGUUUAGUUUAACGUUAACCAACUACCACCAAGAGGAAAGUGCUGCAACUCACACUUAGAACAAGAUGAAGGGGAGGAUGCAGGGGGGGCGAAGAAGAAAGAAAGCGCCCGGCGCUGGAACGUUGCAGAAGAUGAUGAACUCGGUGAACGAGUUUCUUCGGAGCAAAUCGGACUCGCUGGAGAGCGACCGCGGCUACGCGGCCGUUAAGAAGAAAAGUCGGAAGGAGCUGCGGAAGGAGAAGAGGAAGCAGAAGAAGGCCAGAAUGAAGCUUCACUACGAGGGGAAGAAGGAGCGUCCGCUCGCUGCUGAGACGAGCGCGUGCCCGGCCGCCGCCCCCGCCGCGCAGACGAAGCCGCCGGCGGGUGAAGACACGGUACCCAAGUCCAUUUUGAAGAAGGACUCCGGGAGCGCUGAGUCGGGCCGCCUCGAGAAGAGAGUGCGCGUGCAGGCGGCGCGGGACCCCCAACAGGGCGGCGCCGGUGUGCAGCGCAGCAGGAGGAAGGCGCUGCUCGAGGCCAACGUGCAGGAGGAGCGCGAGAUCCGCAAGCUGGAGCGCCUCCUGGGCCUCCGCAGGAGGAAGAACAAGACGAGUCUUCCUCAGGCCUUCGUCGCCGACGGCCUCGACUACAUCCUGGGGGCGCUGGGGUCCGGGGAGGGCGGCAGCGACGAGGAGGUGGAGCUCAAGGACAAAUUGGACCAGCUGGCAGAGCAGGAAGAGGAGGAGAAGGAGGAUGAUGAUGAUGAUGCGGAGGAUGAUGCCGAAGAGGAGGCGACGAUGUCUGAGGGGUCUCGGGCUGAGGAGGAGGAGGGCAGCGAUGAAGACGCUCAGAGCGGCACAAGAGAUGUGGACGUGAUGGAUGUUGUUGAGGAGGAGGAUGAUGAUGAAGAGGAGGAAGAUGAUCAUGACUGCGAGGAGGAGGAGGAAGAUGAUCAUGAUGAAGAAGAAGAAGCGGGGGGCCCACAGAGCGCUGACUCAUCUACCAAAUACGUACCCCCGCACCUGCGAGAGGUUGAGGGUUCGAAGCGCAAGGCAGAGCUGGAACGACUCACGAGGACUGUGAAGGGGCUGGUGAACAGGCUGAGCGAGUCCAACGUGGCGUCCAUCAGCGGGCAGCUGGAGGAGCUCUACAUGAGCCACAGCCGCAAGGACAUGAACGAGACGCUGACCGCCAUCCUGCUGGCCGCCUGCGCGGGCCCCGCCCUCACCCCCGACCGCCUGCUCAUGGAGCACGUGCUCCUGGUCAGCGUGCUGCACCACACUGUGGGUUUGGAGGUGGGGGCCCACUUUCUGGAGACGGUGGUGCGGCGCUUCGACGAGGCGUACCGCGGCCCUGCCGCCGGGAAGGAGUGCGACAACCUGCUGUCCCUGGUGGCGCACCUCUACAACUUCCAGGUGGUUCACGCGCUGCUCGUGUUCGACAUCCUUCGCCGUCUGGCGGCCGCCUUCACCGAGAAGGACAUAGAGCUCAUCCUGCUGCUGCUCAGGAACGUGGGUUUCUCCCUGCGCAAGGAUGACGCCGCAUCUCUCCGCGAGCUCAUCGCCGAUGCUCAGCGCCAGGCUGCCGCUCUGGGGCCCAAGUUCCGGGAUCAGACCCGGGUGCGCUUCAUGCUGGAGACCAUGCUGGCUCUGAAGAACAACGACAUGAGGAAGAUUCCGGGCUACGACCCCGAACCUGUGGAGAAGCUGCGCAAACUGCAGAGGAGCCUGGUGCAGCAGAGCUCCCGGGGGGGCGAUGUGAAGCUGCGCGUGUCACUAGAGAACCUGCUGGCGGCCGAGCAGGUGGGCCGCUGGUGGAUCGUGGGCUCUUCCUGGAGCGGAGCCCCCAUGAUCGAGGAGACCGGCGGCAGGCGGGAGCCCAGCACUUCCGGGGGACAGUUCAGUGCCAAGGUGCUGGAACUCGCCCGCAAACAGCGCAUGAACACGGACAUCAGGAGGAACAUCUUCUGCGUGAUCAUGACCAGCGAGGACUACCUGGACGCCUUCGAGAAGCUCCUCAGGCUGGGCCUCAAGGACCAGCAGGAGCGGGAGAUCAUCCGCGUGCUCCUGGACUGCUGCCUGCAGGAGAAGGUCUUCAACGCCUUCUACAGCGUGCUGACGGAGAAGUUCUGCGCUCACGACCGCCGCUUCCAGAUGACCCUUCAGUUCAGCCUGUGGGAUAAGCUGAAGGAGCUGCAGAGCCUCUCGAGCGGCUCGUUCGGGAACCUCGUCCAGCUACUCGUGCGCCUGCUCCAGAAGAAGACGCUCUCGCCGUCCAUCCUCAAGGUGAUAGAGUUUGGAGAGCUGGACAAGGUGAAGGUGCGGUUCCUGCGCCAGGUUCUCAGCAAACUGCUGACGGAAACGGAGCACGAAGAGCUCGCCGAUAUAUUUGGGAGGAUUUCGGGCAUCCCCAAGCUCGCAAUGCUCCGCGAGGCCCUGAAGCUCUUCAUCGGCCACUUCCUGUUGAGAAGCGCGCCGCCCGAAGAUAACGCCGAGUUGGCACAGCGGCUCGCGAAGGCAGCGGACGUCGCCAUCAAGGCCUUGGUUGCCAAGGACUCGAAGCUCAAGCUGUGAUCCGCCUCGGUCGGGGGCGGAGCCGAAAACAUGGGGUUCAAAUUAUGCAAAGCACCAUGAUUGGUGGGUGGACCCAAACGCUCCAGGAUCAAAUUAUAAGCUGUAUCAGGGAUGGGGGUGGAGCCAAAGAUGCCAAAUUCGAUAUAUCCAACACACCACAAGGGUAGGGGUGCGAACUCAGAGAUGAAAUUACGAGCUGCACCAUGGACUAGGAGGUGGGGCCAAAGACACCAAAUUCAAUUUCUGCAAAGUACUAUGAAUUGAGGGCGGGGCCAAGGACUGAAAUGAAAUGAUAAACUGUAUUAUGGUCAAGGGGAGGGGCUAAGGACACAAUUGCGAUGACCGGGUUGUUCUGCACACUCUGGCAGCUGAAAGUGUAAGGUGCUCCGCAGAUGGUGUGAAAGGGUUCGAGGAGCAGAAAGCACUCCUAGGACUUUGUUCCAUGAAGGGAAGCGGCCCGACUUGGAGGGCGAAGUGUUUCGGUGACCCGUCGGCUUUCGGGAUCCAUCGCCGAGCCACAGUGGGAACGUAUCAUCUACGGACUCCUGCCUGUACCUCUUAAGACACUAAACAGACAGGUUACAGUUACCGUGGUAAACUGAAGUUGCUGCGCUUCUUUGUUUGAUCAGCAGUAAUUAAUACAAUUAAUUUCAUUUAGCCGACAGAUGUUUUUUUUUUUAAAUGUGCUGUAUACGUAGCAGUCCACAGACAGCGGAUAUAGUUAAAGUAACUGGUCGUUCAUAGAGGUAAAUUACUGUAAAAAUUAAAACACCCAUAUUUUCAUGGGUCUCAGGUACAGAAAACUUCACCUGUUGGAUUAAUUCUUAUUCAUUAAUUACUACAGAAAUGUGAUGCAUAAUAAUAUUAGCUCAUGUUUUCAGAUAUCAGCAGAAGUGUUGUGUUUUAUGUGUGUUCUGUGUUACAGGGUUGUACUUUUGUUUUGAAGUGAACACUGUACACCAGGCGAAAUUGUGGUAUUCCGUCCCAGAACGGACGAGGCCCGGUGUCAUCGAGCAGUGGGUAAAAAGAAAGUCGACCUUUUCCUCACCGUGCUUUUACACUGAGAGUGUUAGUAUUUUACACCCGUCCCAAGGAACUGGGCCCCUUCCGCCACACGGAACGAAAUUCGUUUACUCACAGCUUUCCAAGGGUCACGCAGGUACAGACCUGUGGGGUCACGUGAGGUCAACGGACUUUUGCGUGGUGCCCACCAGAUGAGGGUCAGUUGUGUCCUCAUACGUAAAACUUUCAACUCGCGUCAAACAUGUGAACCGAAGCUCUGUUUCAGUGGCUGUUCCACCUUUAUAGACACCCUUCACCCUCCAGGGCCGUGUUCCUCAGUGGGGGGCACCAUCCCUCCCUCUGCAAACACCACUGCCCAUCUCUUUAGUGAUCAAUCUUUUUUUUUUUUUUU